CUGAGACCCCCCCCAUCCCGGACCCCCAUGGCACCUCCACCGCCCCCCGGCCACCUCAGCCUGUCCCGCGGGGUCCAGGCCCCCCUGUACCAGGACGCCGUGGCCCGCCGGGCUCUGCGGCCCGCGCUGCUCAGGAGCGUUUCGGUGCCGGCCGAGCCCCCCGCGCCCCCCGCCAUGGACGUCACCUACGCCGUGGUCAACAAGCCCCGCCGGGGGGGCGGGGCCGCGGGGAGAGCCCCCUCCCCUUUUGGAAGAGACCACGCCCCCUUCGGAAGAGACUCCGCCCCCUCGGGCACGUGCUCCCUUCCGGGCAGCCCCGUGCGCCGCCCCUCCCCCAGCCCGGCAGGCUCCCCCAGACCCUCGGAUGGCGCCUACGAGGUUGUGACCCCCCCCCGCGGACACCGGCAGCGGCCCCUGCCUGGGGUUUAAUUUCCGCAUCGGGAAGCCCAAGGGCCCGCGGGACCCCCCGGCUGAGUGGUCCCAGGUGUGAGGGGGGGUCCGGAUCCCUGGGCCCCCCCCACACAGAGGAGGGGCUGCAGCAGAACCCGCCUGACCCUUACAGAACCCGAUAUAGACAAAACCCAUUUAUUAUGGCAAAAAAUAAAAACCGAUUGUGAGAAACCCA